AUGAGCAAUUUAACUUAAAAAAAUCUUCCAUCUGUAUUUAUUUCUCAUGGACUUGUGGGAGAAACAUUGAGACCUGGAACUGAUCUUUUUGAAUAGCUAAACAAAUUCUCUAAAAGUUAAUCAUAUCUCCCAAACGUAGAAACUGUUAUUAUUGUUUCUGGGCAUUGGGAAUGUGAUGAAAUCACUGUAAAUUUAAACCCUUAACCAGAAUUAGAUCACGACCAUCCUAGUGAGUGGCUCUACAAAUUUGAUUUUCGCCUAGAAACUAACGUCCCAUUAGCAAAUAAGAUAAAAGAUAAGCUUAAGAAAAGUGGAAUGACUAUUAAGACAACUACCACAGCAAGUGCUGACCAUGGUGCUUGGGGAGGCUUAUUUGCUCUUUAUGAUAUCAACACUUAAUAAAAAGUAUAUCAUAGCCAAAAUAAAUAAUAUGUUCCUAAAGUCGUAUUGGUAAGUCUUGAUACUAAAAUGGAUCCUUAGAAACACUAUGAUCUUGGAAAAAUUCUUGGUGAAUUUAGAGAUGAAAAAACUAUGAUAAUCUGUAGUGGAGCCUCAACACAUAAUUUUAAUUAUAACAGAAAGCCUGGAUUUACAGAAUAAUCUAAAAUAUGGGAGAAAUGGCUCUAAAGUAUUGUUACUGAUUAAAAUGUAGAGAUAAGACAUUCCAUUGUAAAUUUCAAACAAAAUAAAUUAUAUCACUACAUGCAUCACAGUGAUGACCACUUUAUGCCUUUAGUAGUAGCUUCAGGCUCAUCUAGAGAACCUGGAUAACUUAUUUGUUUAGAGCUCUAAUUUACAUCUAUGUGCAGUUGCUAUUUAUUCCCUUGA